UGGCUGCCCUGGCUGGGGCUCGCCCUGCUGCCGCUGGCCGUGCCGCCCGCCGCCGCCCCCGCCGCCUGCCCGUCCGCCUGCUACUGCGUGGCCACCCCGGAGCUGGUGCAGUGCCGCUACGAGCGGCUGGAGGAGCCGCCGCGGGAGCUGCCGGCCGCCGUGCAGAACCUCAGCAUCGCCGGCAGCAACCUGAGCGUCCUGUCCCGCGCCGCCUUCGCCGCCCGCCCGCUGCGCGACCUCCGCCUGCUCCGCCUGCACCACGACAACAUCCACACCAUCGAGGACAUGGCCCUGCAGGGCCUGCCCGCCCUGCGCACCCUCGACCUGAGCCACAACCCGCUGCUCUCGGUGGCCGCCGGCGUCUUCGCCGGGGCGCCGCUGCUGCGCACGCUGCAGCUGAACCAGGCGCUGCUGGCGGCCCUGCUCGAGGAGCAGCUCGCCCUGGCCCUGCGCAACCUCAGCUUGCGGCGCCUGGAGCUGGCGGGCAACGCGCUGCAGGCGCUGCCGGCCGCCCUGCUGCCGCCCGGCCUGGAGGAGCUGGACCUGCGCAACAACUCGCUGCAGCGGCUGGCGGCCGCCGAGCUGCGCAGCCUGGACGCGCCCGAGCUGCGGGGGCUGCGCCUCAGCCUGGCCUCCAACCCGCUGAGCUGCGACUGCGGCCUGCGGCCCUUCCCUGGCCUGGCUGCGCGGCGCGCCGCCGCCAACCGCGUGUCGGCAGCGCGGAGCCUGCGCUGCUGCGGGGCGGCGGCGCUGCGGGGCACGGCGCCUCGCCUGCGGCCCGAGGCGCUGGCCUGCGCCCGCGGCGACGGCGGCGAGCCCGCCGAGCUGGAGACCGCCUCCUACGUCUUCUUCGGCAUCGUCCUGGCGCUCAUCGGCGUCGUCUUCCUCAUGGUGCUCUACCUGAACCGCCGCGGCAUCAAGCGCUGGCUGCACAACCUGCGCGAGGCGUGCCGCGACCAGAUGGAGGGAUACCACUACCGCUACGAGCAGGACGCCGACCCGCGCUGCGCCGGCACGCCCGGCCUCUGAGCGCACCCCGACACCGGCCUCGGGGUGCCCCAGAGCGGGGUGAGCUUCCCUGGAGGGCUCCGGACCGGCUCCGCCUUGCCGCGCCCUCUCCGACCCGACGGGCUCCCGCAGGGCUCCAGGCUGGACCGUUCCCCCAUCGCGGUGCCCUCGGGCGGGGAGCACGCCCGGCUGGGCCCCGGAGCACCGGGAAGCUUCCACCGGGAAGCUCCGGCAGGCGGGAUGCGCGGCUCGGCGCUCACACCCGGGUGUUUGCUUGGCGCAGCCCGAGAAGCCGCGGCAAUACCUGAAACUGUCCUGGACGUUCCUGGAGCCUCGACUUGACUUUGACCGUGUACAGCUCUCUUUCCUAUUAGAUUUCUAUAUGACAGGCGCAAAGUUUAACUUAAUUUCUUAUUUUUUCCCUUUUCUUUUUGCUGCAAAGAGGAGAACACGUCCAGCUGCUCCCCCCCACGGGAAGCGGCGUGCUUUUUCCGAGCCCGUUUAUCCAUUAGGUUUUGUUCAGUGACAUUUCCAGCUCGUUGUAGGCACAAGGCGAUGCAGCUGUAGGAAACGCCUCCGCCGGCUGCGUGCAUGUUCCCCGGGGCACGCGGGGGCAGCCCUUUGACUCUAGAAUGUAGCGUAGACCUGGCUGUCUCGGCACUUGGUAAUUUACAACGAGCCAAGCAGAAGCUCCCGCCCUAAUUCCCCUGCCCGUGUUUGCUUUAGUGCCUGUUACUAUAUCCUAGAGCAAAUAUAUCGAAAGCUGCACCCACUCCAUCGUCUAUUUUCUAUAAAGCUCCUUGCAGACGAUUUCCGAAUAUCCCCGCGGCUGAGGCGAAGUUAUUGUGCUCGGUUUGCCAGAGGAAGGGAGCUCUGGGCUCCUCUGCUUUCAUCGGUGCUUAGGAACUUCUCUUGCUGAGCUGCUUUGGUGGCCAGGCAUGCAGGGGGGUUUUGUGUGGCUUGGGCACAGAUUCUUCCCUGGCAGCCGCACAGGGGCUCGGGAAAGUUAUCCAGGUAACAGCUUGCUAAAGCAAUUUUUCUCUCCCGGGUGGUUUGGUGCCUAAUUCACGAGGUGCCGGCGCGCUGAGCAUCUCCGGCUGCGGGGCUUCCCCAAAGGGAGCCGCAGCUUUUGGAACGUGGCAUCUUAAAAAAUGCCGAGUUUCGGUGCCGGGAUGAAAACGGGAGCGUUGCGUGUGCCUUU